GUACGAGGACGGGGACCUGGAGCACAUGACAGAGGAGGAGGUACGCGGUGUGGUGGUCGCACUGGCCGACCCCGCUGAGAGGGUGAUGACGGUGACCGGUGCGAGCGAGGAGGCGGCCGUGCUGAAACGUCCGGCUGCCAAGGCUCUUGAGGUGGUGGCUGAGGAGGAUGUGGAGAUGGGCGUGCUGAGCUCAAAGAUGUGGUUGAACGGAACUGGGCCGAGCGAAGGCCAAGGCGAAGGCCGUAGAUCCGGUGGUGCACGAAGAGGAGGAGCCUCCAGAAGAGCCUGCUGUGCUGAAGAGGCCUGCAGCUGCUGA